GCCGGCUUGUCAGACCCGUCGGAAACCUGUGCUGGGGUUUUUUAAGGGGUGAGGGUUGCUUGCUAGUGAUCUACUGCUGGGUGUUGCUGUCACCUUCCAGGACACCAGGGCUGCCGCUUCGCCGCGCUGCCACCCCCAGCUCGGGUAACGUUUCUCUCCAGCCCGAGGUGGAGCCCAGAUCUGCCUGCACCAGGGUUCCAGGAGGAGGGAGCACAGGGGCAGGAUCCUAGGAUACCAGAGUGGAUGCACCCUUUGGCAAUUGGCUGCGACCUGUACUGGAGAGACAUCCAGGAAUGAUAUUCCUGGGCUUUAUUUCUUCAUCUUGGGAUUCAUCCAGUUCGUCCCAGAAACACUGAUCCUCUGCUUUCUGUGACAUACCUUCAGUGAAGAUCCGAUGGACAAUGAUCUCCCCAUGACCUUGUGGCUUUUUUCCUUCAUGUGGAAGUUGGAAGACAAGGUGAAAGAGGCCAGAGAUUACCUGCUUUGGUGAAUAGGAGUGCUGCACUUGGUUCUCAGAACAUGGGCCCUCGUUUAAAGCUGCAGCUGUGAUCCUCGGCUGUCUGUUGGCGUUGAAGGGACCUAAUGUUUUACGUUAUUGGUGGCAUCACAGUGUCUGUGGUUGCAUUCUUCUUCACAAUUAAGUUCCUCUUUGAGCUUGCCGCACGUGUAGUCAGCUUCCUCCAGAAUGAGGACCGUGAGCGCCGAGGGGACCGGAGCAUUUAUGACUACGUGCGGGGAAAUUACCUGGAUCCCCGGUCUUGCAAAGUCUCCUGGGAUUGGAAGGACCCCUAUGAGGUGGGCCACAGCAUGGCCUUCCGAGUGCAUUUAUUCUAUAAGAACGGGCAGCCUUUCCCCGCACAUCGGCCUGUGGGACUGAGAGUCCACAUCUCUCACGUUGAGCUGGCAGUGGAGAUUCCAGUGACCCAGGAAGUCCUUCAGGAGCCCAACUCCAAUGUGGUGAAGGUGGCCUUCACUGUGCGAAGGGCUGGACGCUAUGAAAUCACCGUGAAACUUGGCGGAUUAAAUGUAGCCUACAGUCCCUACUACAAAAUUUUUCAGCCUGGAACGGUGGUUCCUUCCAAGACCAAAAUUGUGUGCCAUUUUUCUACUCUCGUGUUGACCUGUGGGGAACCCCAUACCCUUCAAAUAGUGCCCCGAGAUGAGUAUGACAACCCUACCAACAAUUCCACAUGCCUUAGAGACGAGCACAAUUACAGUCUGUCCAUCCGUGAGCUUGGCCCUCAAGAAGAAGAGAGUACUGAUGUCUCAUUUGAGAAGUCAGUGACAUCCAACAGGCAGACUUGCCAGGUGUUCUUACGAAUCACCCUUCAUUCUCGUGGCUGUUUCCAUGCCUGCAUUUCAUACCAGAAUCAACCAAUCAAUAAUGGUGAAUUUGACAUUAUCGUCCUAAGUGAGAAUGAGAAGAAUAUUGUUGAGCGCAAUGUGUCCACUUCAGGAGUGAGCAUUUACUUUGAGGCUUAUCUGUACAAUGCCGCCAACUGCACCAGCACACCAUGGCACCUGCCACCCAUGCAUAUGAGCUCUUCCCAGCGCCGGCCUUCCACUGCUGUUGAGGAAGAAGAUGAAGACUCACCCUCUGAGUGCCACACCCCCGAGAAGGUGAAGAAGCCGAAGAAGGUGUACUGCUACGUGUCACCCAAGCAAUUCUCAGUGAAGGAGUUCUACCUGAAAAUCAUUCCCUGGCGCCUUUACACCUUCCGAGUGUGCCCAGGAACAAAAUUUUCAUACCUUGGCCCCGACCCUGUCCACAAGCUCCUCACACUGGUGGUGGAUGAUGGCAUUCAGCCUCCUGUGGAGCUCAGCUGUAAGGAGAGAAACAUCCUGGCAGCCACUUUCAUCCGCUCCCUCCAUAAGAACAUAGGAGGCUCUGAGACCUUUCAGGACAAGGUGAACUUCUUCCAGCGAGAGCUGCGGCAGGUCCACAUGAAAAGACCACAUUCCAAGGUCACCCUGAAGGUCAGCAGACACGCCUUGCUGGAAUCGUCUCUGAAAGCCACUCGGAACUUCUCCAUUUCAGAUUGGAGCAAGAACUUUGAAGUGGUUUUCCAGGAUGAAGAAGCUCUGGACUGGGGAGGUCCUCGCCGGGAAUGGUUUGAACUGAUCUGCAAAGCACUGUUUGAUACCACCAAUCAGCUCUUCACCCGAUUCAGUGACAACAACCAAGCAUUAGUUCAUCCCAACCCUAAUCGCCCUGCUCAUCUGCGCCUGAAGAUGUAUGAAUUUGCAGGGCGGCUGGUUGGCAAGUGUCUCUAUGAGUCCUCUCUCGGAGGAGCCUACAAGCAGUUGGUCCGAGCCCGCUUCACCCGUUCUUUCUUGGCGCAAAUCAUAGGACUGCGUAUGCAUUACAAGUACUUUGAAACAGAUGACCCAGAAUUCUACAAAUCCAAAGUCUGCUUUAUCCUCAACAAUGAUAUGAGUGAGAUGGAGCUGGUCUUUGCAGAAGAGAAAUAUAACAAAUCAGGUCAAUUGGAUAAGGUAGUAGAACUCAUGACAGGUGGAGCUCAAACGCCAGUUACCAACACGAAUAAAAUCUUCUAUUUAAAUUUGCUGGCUCAGUACCGGCUGGCCAGUCAAGUGAAAGAGGAAGUGGAACAUUUCCUAAAAGGCCUCAACGAGUUGGUCCCUGAAAACCUGUUGGCUAUCUUUGAUGAGAAUGAACUGGAGCUGCUGAUGUGUGGGACUGGAGACAUCAGCGUGUCUGACUUCAAAGCCCAUGCAGUGGUUGUGGGCGGCUCCUGGCAUUUCAGGGAAAAGGUCAUGAGGUGGUUUUGGACUGUGGUGUCCAGUCUGACCCAGGAGGAGUUGGCUCGGCUCCUUCAGUUCACAACAGGCUCCUCUCAGCUACCACCUGGGGGCUUCGCUGCACUCUGCCCCUCAUUUCAGAUCAUCGCUGCUCCGACCCAUAGCACGCUACCCACCGCACACACAUGCUUUAACCAGCUGUGCCUCCCGACGUAUGACUCGUAUGAAGAGGUGCACAGGAUGCUGCAGCUGGCCAUCAGCGAGGGCUGCGAGGGCUUCGGCAUGCUCUGACUGCUCUGCCGCCCCCGCUCCGCUCCCACGCCCCCACGGCGCAUGUUGCAGACUGCAGAACCGCGGACUCUGACACACACAACCAUCAGCAAGAAGAUGCCGCAUGCUCCCCUGUGUCUGGAGUAUUGUGUCACCUCCAAGGCUUGUUCUGACCUCGGCCCCUCCCUGCCCAAACCCACCGCAGGCCACUGUGGCAUGGUACAGAGGCUGAGCUCCUCAGUCAGCCACGAGAAGAGGACCGUGCUGCUCUCAUUUCAUUUGGUCCUUCGAAGGUCUCAGGAGCUGGGACUGCCGCAGUAGCCGUGAGACGUGGACGGGCUCAGCUCUGUGAGGAAGCUGGUGUGCAGAGAGCCUUAAGUCCCCGCCUUGCCCCAGCUCCCUCUGCUGAUGCUCCUCGGAGGUGUCCUUUUGGCCCUCACGACUUGACCAGACUAGUACUUGAGUCUCGUGGCUGGGAGAAGCCCAGAUGGGAAGUGGCCCGUGUGAGCAAUCUGGGUUAGACCCCCUGCACCAUGGCAGGCACAGCCCAUGGCACUGGACCGCUGCUAAUGAGGACAGAUGGUACAACAUGAUCUGUUCUUAUGGUGUCACAACUGGAAAGGCACUUUCCCUGCAGGCAUUUCUGGAAAUGAUCAUUAAUCCAUAAAGGAGAACUCUCUAAGCUUUUUCUUGAAAUUGAGCCAGUGAGAAAAAGUCAGAGUGAAGGCUAACUGUGUUGAGGCUCCAGUGCUGAGAGUGGUUCUUGCUUUGGGUUAGGGGCUUGUCUAGGCACACGGCUGCUAGAGGACUGCUUUUCCCUGAGUUUGUUCUUUGCACUGAGGUGUGGCUGAACCUGGCCACUGACCUCUGAGUCAGUCUGCUAAGAGCUGGGGUGUCUUUGGGCUUCUACUGAAGAAAAUCUUGUAGCCAAGGAUUGGCACAGUAAGAGUAGCAUGCCCGCAAUCCCUGGUUCUCUCUGCCUGGAGCACUGAGCAAGGAACAAUGCCCGUGGGUCCCUGGGGUCAGGACACUGGGGACAGAGAGGAGAAGGGUUAGACAGUAAAAGCUUCGCUGUUCCUUGUGCCUCCCUUCGCUCCCUCCGUUACCGAGAAGGGGAGUGAGGGAGGGAGAGAACUAUAUUAAGUUCACUGUUGCUUGAUGAUGGAAGAGAACCUGCUGCUGUCUCAUGGAAAAUGACAACAUCCUUGCUCAUGAUACUGUUUGAAAACAAUUUCAACACUCAGAAUCUCAUCACCUUCCCUAACUUCUGUUAAGAAGGCUUUGCCGCAAGCUCCCAUUCCCUGUGGGACAUCAGCCCUGGGAAUAUUACAAGCCAUCUUGAUUGCCAAAACCAGCAAACACAGAGUCCGGAGGCAGGCAGGACUGUGGCAGUGCCUCGGCCUCCUCGAAGCAUGUCUGAGCCCUCCUGGAUCAGGGCCGUGAGGAACAAGCCCCUCGGAGUGCUGCGGCUCCUGCCUGACCUCUCUCCUGCACAGUGGUCGUCUGUCCUGUCCUGUCCUGGCGUGGGUGCUGACCUUACUUGUUCUUGGGGCCCAGGAUCCAGCAUCACAGCUCUACACCCCAGGAUCCUCCAUGCCACAUGGUCACUGCUUUCCUCAGGGACCAGGACAAGGUGCUGCUGCUUGGCCAAAUUUUUCCCAUGGGAUAUGUACAGGAAAGUUUAAUCCUCGCCGUGGGAAACAUGACGCUGCCCCUCGGGCCCAGAGAGGGCGUCCCAGCUAGGGGCACGUGGGCUGGUUCUGCUGUUUUUGGCCAUCAUUUCUCUCUUGGAUCCUGCAUUCUCCCUUCCAGCGGCUCUCCAGAGACUGAUGCUGGAGAUGGAGUUGAUUUUCUUGGCUAGAUCUGUCACUUGAAGGCCUAGUCAUAGCACUUCUCACAGCAUCCUCGGCACCACUGCAGCCCACCUGGGCAGCUGCAUCCCGUGGUGAUCCUGAGACACCAGGGUCUUUGUUUAAUGAAACCCUUUGGUACUGGUGUGACUUUCUGUUCUUCCAGUUCGUGGUCUCCCUCCCCUCACCCUCUCCUUUGUCCCUAUCCCAACCCCCAUUCCCCUCCCCCCAAUUCAAAAUAUCUUUGCUGUUUUUGGCCUUUCCUUUUACCAUUUUUUUUUCCCCUAAUUCUGCUUUGGUACUAGCCAGUGUGAAGAAAAGGUACAAUAUGUUAGAAGGCAUGGGGGUGUUAUUUCUUGGGCAGUGUUCAUGUUUCUUAUUUUGGCCAGUUCUUUAAUUUAUGUCCUUGUGGCCCAGGUACUUUGUGUGUGUCGGGGAAGUUGGGGCUGCCCUCCCAGCCUUUUAGUGUCUUAGAAGGAGACCAGGCAUCAGGUGAGCACCAAGGGGAAUGUUGGCAUGUUUUCAGAAACCCAGCAGAGACCAAGCCCGGCUGCAAUUCAUCAGGCCAGGUGCAAGGGCCAGAUGGUUACAGCUGACGAUGUAAAUAUUUUGUACAGUAAGUAAAUAAAUGUCUAAAAGAA